AUGUCAUCAUUCUCAGGCGAUUUUCUUAUGAACGAAGUUCCUUGGUUUAAUGAAAAAAAUGUGAUAGCUGGCCUUUUGGCUGGAUUUUUUGGAGGUUUGGCACUUGGUUGGUUAUUUAGCUCAUCUGUAUUUGUUAGUAACAAUGUGAAAGUUAUUUCGAAUGCAUUUGAUUCCGGUAGAGAUGAACGUGAUGAUGAAACAAGUUUCGAACCAGGUUGUUCCGAUAGCGAAGGAGAAUAUAAAGUAAGCAAAGUCGCAGCACAAUGUUCGCAUGCCACACUUGGUUGUUUUCAAAAAGCAUGUGAACAAGCACCUGAUGCUGUCGAUACAUGGUUUUCUGGUGGACAAGCAAAAGUUGUUUGUAAAUGUGAAUCAACUGAUGAUUUAGAAAAUUUACGACUACAAGCUAAACGUAAAGGUUUGACAACUUGUCUGAUACGAGAUGCCGGUCGCACACAAAUUGAACCCGGUAGUAAGACAGUACUUGGAAUUGGACCGGCACCAUCGAAAUUAAUCAACGAAAUAACUCGUCAUUUAAAAUUAUACUGA